CAUCAUCAGCUAUAUAUAUGAACUGUUAUUGGGCUUCUUCACUUGAGCUCUCUCGACGUCUUUCCUGUUUCUUGGGCUCUCUCUCUCUCUCUCUCUCUCUUCCUUCCUGCUUAUCACUUUCUUCUUCCAUGGAGUUGCCUAGUAUUCUCCAGUUUCUAGAGAACAGGACCAUUUUAGUCACUGGUGCCACUGGCUUUCUAGCAAAGAUUUUUGUGGAGAAGAUACUUAGAGCUCAACCAAAUGUGAAGAAGCUCUACCUUCUUCUAAGAGCUGCAGAUGCCAAAUCGGCCUCUCAGAGGUUACAAAAUGAGGUCAUAGCAGAGGACUUGUUUAGGGUUCUAAGGGAGAAAAUGGGAGAAAAUUUGAGCUCCCUUCUAGCAGAAAAGGUGACGCCGGUGGCCGGAGACAUUAGCACCGACAAGAACUUGGGCGUGAAAGACUUGAACUUGGUGGAAGAGAUGUGGAGAGAAGUGGAUAUAGUAGUUAACAUGGCCGCAACAACCAACUUUGAUGAAAGAUAUGAUGUGGCAUUGCAUCUAAACACAUUGGGAGCUAAGCAUGUUCUCGACUUUUCAAAGAAGUGUGCCAAGACAAAGAUGCUUCUCCAUGUGUCCACUGCUUAUGUAUCUGGUGAAAGAGGUGGGCUCAUAUUGGAAAAGCCCUGUCGCAUGGGUGAGGCUCUAAAUGGAGCCCCAGGGUUGGACAUUGACAUGGAGAAGAAAGUCGUGGAGGCGAGAUUGAGCGAGCUCCGGCAGAUAGGAGCCACAGAGGGAGAAAUUACAAUGGCAAUGAAGGAUUUGGGCAUUCAAAGGGCAAGGAAGUAUGGGUGGCCAAACACCUAUGUGUUUACAAAGGCAAUGGGAGAGAUGCUUUUGGGAGACUUGAAAGGAAAUCUUCCCUUAGUUAUCAUUCGUCCCACCAUCAUAACUAGUACUUUCAAGGAACCUUUCCCAGGUUGGAUUGAAGGUGUCAGAACGGUUGAUAGCUUGUACAUUGGAUAUGGGAAAGGAAAGUUAACAUGCUUCCUUGGUGAUCCAGGAUCUAUAAUCGAUGUGAUCCCGGCAGACCUCGUGGUUAAUGCGAUGAUGGCGGCCAUGGCAGCUGAUUAUUAUGCAAUUAAUCAAGCAGCUGCAGGGGAUGAAGAGACCAUAAUAUAUCAUGUGAGUUCAUCGGUAGCUAAUCCCAUAAGAUUCACCAAACUCCAAGAUUAUGCCUUCCAUUACUUCACUGAGCAUCCUUGGAUUGGAAAAGAUGGAAAACCCGUCAAAGUUGGCAAGCUCCCAGUGUUCAGCUCUAUGGAUAGCUUCCGCAGAUACAUGGCAUUUCGUUACGUCCUUCCACUCAAGGGAUUACAACUAAUAAACAUGGCAUUUUGCCAAUAUUUUCAAAAGAUGUACAUGGAUCUACAUCGAAAGAUCAACUUUGUGAUUCAGAUGGCUGAGAUUUAUCAACCUUACCUGUUCUUUAAGGGCAUGUACGAUGAUAUAAACAUGGAAAAGUUGCAGAUUCUAGCCCGAAAUGGUGGCAAUGUUGAGACAGAUGUGUUUUACUUUGAUCCCAAGAUCAUUAAUUGGGAUGAUUACUUUAUGAAGACUCACAUUCCUGGCAUGGUAAAGUAUGUGUUUAAGUGAUAAUUACAUUAAUAAUUAAUAAACAUAUGUUUCUCUUUCAUGAGAAAUUGUAAAAUAUUACAUCAAGUCCUCAUAUAUAUAUAUAUAUAUAUGCCACAAGAGGUUUACAUAUAGUUGUAAGGAGUUUCGAUCGAAAUAAUAUGAAAGGAAGUACAUGGCAAAUGUUGCAUUGAACCAAUGGAACCUACAUCAUCUGGAAGAACUUGUAUGGUAAGUAAACUUCUGCUAGUCGAAUCCUAUUUUUUUCUUUCGAUUGAAGUCAUGAUAAGGAAAAACAUUCUGAUAAGAAAAGAAUAUGUUGCGAAAGAACACUUACAAAGUAGAACCGGUUAGUGCAAUUAUAAAAAAACAGAACAUCGAAAAUAAGAACCCAGAUAAGAGCAUGAAAUAGAACUCCCUGUAAAGGCGUUUCAAGACUCAAAUUUGAGUCUUCCCAGUUCGUACCACUCAGGUAACACCAACGGAAUAGAGUCACCAAAUCACAGAAAAGCCCUAAAAAUCCCAAGGAUAGUAACCCUCUAACACUCAAGCCCUCUUACCGAUUUACAGAUCUCGCUCAGAAACCACCCAAACGGUUACUCACCAAAACGAUCCACUAAGGAACAACGAGCACCACUCAAAAAGAAGAUGGAAGUAAGAAUAGUAGGCCGAGAGCAUCCCUUAGACGGAUCUGCCGAAUCGAAUAAAUAGAGACUACUCACCGAUCGACCAAGAGGUCCCAAAGGAAAGGAAGACCACUGCCAUGGAAAGGGAGAUUUGGCUAAAAGAGAAAGAACAAACUCACGAAGAUCAGCCAUCAAAGGAAACUAUUGAGAGAGCAAAGAGAGAGAGAGAGAAUUGGCCGUUAAUAAGGGCAACAAGAAAAGGGAAAGAGCCUUUUUAUACGACAGAGCUAGGGCAAGGCAGAGGGCUUAGUGGGCUUGGGCUUCCUUAAGCCUUGAGCAAAUGUGCUCAGCCCAUUUCUCCUCCAAAGGCUUAAUAAAGGGCUUACGACCCGACUUCUUUAAUGGGAUGCCAAUGAGUUGUAUUUUUGGACUAUACUUCAAUCCCGAGCCGAAAUCUAUGAAGAUAAACCCAAAUUAUCGUCAUCGCCUUGAGCCUCAUUGGGAAACAAAAACAACAUAAUACAUGUGGAAUCAUCUAUCUCUACUUCAUCCAGUUCCCUGUACUGAAAAUGGCUUACAUAUCCAUAGGGAUUUGGAGCAUCAUUUAUUUUCCUCCAAUCCAAAAAGGCAUGUCUCCCGGAGAUACCGGCAAAGUGCUUUGUUCAACCAUUUCAAUAGCUAAUGAAAGUAAUAUGAAAAUCUGUAUCUGUAUGGUUCUAAUUAAGGGUGUGCAAUCGGUUAUAACCGAACCGAAUCGACCAAAAAAUACUAACCGAACUGAACCGACUAGUAUAUAAUAACUUAACCGAAUCGAACCGACCACUACAAGAAAAAUGUAUUUUAGCGACGAAAUUUAGUGAUGGAAUUAUUCGGUUGCUCAUUAGCGACGGAUAGCGACGGAAUUUUUAUCACAAAUUUUUUUAAUAUUUUUUUAAUUUAGCGACGGAAUUAACGACGAAAAUCUUAUAGCAAAAAAUAAAAAAUAUUAAAAUUUAGCAACGGCCUCAACCCCAUCGCUAAACAUUAAAAAAUAUUAAAUAAAAAAAUUAAAAUUUAGCGAUGGGUCAAUCCUAUUGCUAAAAAAUAAAAAAAUUAAAAUUUAGUGACGGGCUCAACCUCGUCGCUAAAAAAUAAAAAAAAUUAAAUAAAAAAUUAAAAUUUAGCAACGGGCUCAACCUCGUCGCUAAAAAAUAAAAAAAAAUUAAAUAAAAAAUUAAAAUUUAGCGACGGGCUCAACCUCGUCGCUAAAAAAUAAAAAAAAAUAAAAUAAAAUAAUUCAAAUUUAGUGACA